AUGAACUAUAGGAAAGAUAGCAAUACUGAUUCUAUCAUUCAUGCACUUCGAAAUAUGUUAGAAUUUGCUGUAUUGGGACAAUUUUUAUGUCUUUUUUAUAAAAUCUUAAAAUUAGAUGAUUUUGAUAUUGAGUUUUUUGAGCAAGAACUUCUUGGAUUUCAUGAACCUCGUACAUUAACUAUUAUAAGAUAUGGUUUGGUAAGAUAUUUGUCUUCUAAUAGACAUAUUAACGCAGAAAAUGUUGAUUUCUAUACAAGAAAACAAUUUCUUCUUCGUAAACCGGAAGAUAACCCCUACGGAAAUGAAGAAAUUCCAUAUUCAUGGGAUUCUUUUGACAUUUUUACAAAAGUUCAAGUUUUAUUGCAACUUUGUGAAUGGCAGUUACUUAACCCUGAAAAAUUUAGAGAACGUGUUGGUGCAAGAGAGUCUGAUGAAAUAUCUUGGAGAAUAGAUCCAAUAGGACGUGAUUCUGUUGGAUAUACAUAUUAUUUAUUGGAUGAUAAUCGACUCUAUAGAUGUUUACAUACUUUCCCUCAUUCUUCAAAUGAAGAAUUACGUGAAAAUGAUAAGAGAUAUAAAAGAAAAAGAAAACGGAUUGUUGUUGAUGAUGAUGUUGACUCUCUCGAAGAUUCAGCUAUUAAUAAUGAAAAACCUCAAAAACCUCAAAUAGGGCACUGGGAAAACGUUUGUGUAACUUUUAAUGAUUGGAAGAAUUUUGUAGAUUCUAUUUCUCAUUCAAGAAACAAAAACGAGUAUAUAUUACAUAAUUAUCUUCAAAAAAAUAUUCUUCCAUAUCUUCAGGAAAAUGAAGACAAAAAAGAAAAGGAACGGCAACUUAAAGAGCGUGAAAGACUGAAAGCAGAAGCAUUAAUCCAUCGAAAAAAAUCAACUCGUAUAGAACAAAAAAAGCUUAUGAAACUUCAGGAAGAAAAAAGAUUAAAACAAAAACAGUUGGCUAUGUUAAUAGAAGAAAGAGGAAGGGAAGAAAAGCAUUCAACUGAAUAUAACCGAGGAUCACGCAUAGAAACAAGGGAUAGGAAACAGAAGGAAAAAUUUUUAAAAGAAUUUUUGCAAAAAGAAGAUAAUCAAAAAAAUGAUAUUUCUAGUUUUAAUUACUCAUACUCAAAUUCAUUAAAAAAUUAUCAGAUUCUACGAAAAAGUACUAAAAAAAUUAAACGUAAAGCUAUAGAAAAUAAGAAAACAGAGAACAGUGAUUGGAUUUUUGAUUGUAUCUGCGGUAUAUUUGGUAAGAAUUAUUCGGAUGAUGAACUAAUGAUUUCUUGCGAUAAAUGUAUGGUUUGGGAACAUGUAAAAUGCCAACAUAAUGCACAUGAGAUAUUUUUGGAUCUACAAAAGCAAACUAAUGAAGAUAAUUGCAUUCCUUUUAUUUGUAAUAAAUGUGAUCGUAAAUUGAAAAAUGCACAACAGAAUCCUAAAAAUAUAGUAGAGGAAAACAAAAUAACCGUGCCAGAAACUCUUUUAUCUGACAUUCCUAAUAAAAUGAUUGUUUCUAGUUCAACAGAAAAAAUACCUUCAAAUAAUGAUAUUAAUACAAUAAAUGAAUAUAUAUCUAAAAUACAUUCUAAUGUUCAUGAUAUAUCAGAAUCUUUUGAUGUUGGUAAUUAUCCUCAGACUCAGAUUUCUUAUUCUCAAAUUACAAAUCUUUCUACACUUCAACGAAAUGAAAUAAAGGCCUUUAAAUCAUUUUAUUCUCUUGAAUCUACUUUGCAUAUUCAAAACAUUUCAUCGUCUUUAGAGGAUUUUUCUUAG